AGACAAUAUUGGGAUAUUUGUCUCCAUGGCUUUUCUCUUUAAUAUUUUUCUAAAGAGAUAUAAAAACACCAGAAGUUGAAGCUGCUACCUACUCUCAUCAAACACGUAGGAGUAGGAUUUUUCCUUUCUUGACUGCAAUGAAAUGUCAAUAAUUUUGUGCUCUAAAUUCAUUACUCAUAUGAAGAGCUCUCUUUCCAAUUCUUGCAUCUCAGAAUCUCGUUUUAUCAAAGUGGCGGCUGCAAGAAUUUCAAACUAGCUGCUUACAAUGGAAAGUGAAAUAUCAUUGGGAGGGAAGGGCGGAAGUUUGGAUGUUGUUGUGGAGAUUCACUCUCCCAAACCCAAUGAAUCUCCACCAAAAGAUGAAAAUUCCAAAGAAAAUGGCGAUUCCGCAUCCAAAACCGGCGAUAUUCAGAUGAAAAUGAACUUAUUCAACACCGCCGCCGCCGCCGCCGCCGCAGCUUCCACUCAAGCCGCAGCUCCUCCCCCGGCGCAGCUCGUGAUUCCGGCUCCAUCCCUGGACUCCUCCUCGAAGCCGCCGCCGACGCCGGACAUGCGGCGAAGAACGUCGGCUUACUCGAAGCCGAAAUCGAGGAUCGCGGAGCCGCCAUUCACGAGCAGCUUGAAGUCAGCCGAGCCAACACCCGCCUCCGCAAAGCCGCCGCCGCCGCCUCGCGCCAAUUCACCCAACGUAGCUUCCUCCUCCCCUUCCUCGAAACCUAAUUCCGGCACUCCGAAAACGUCGGCUCCGAUCACGCCGCGGACGCCUCUGAUAGGGUCCGCCGGCGACAGCGACGACGAAGACGACGACGAGGACGUGUACAACACGGAUACCCUGAAGCCCCAGCAGGCGAAGAGAGGCAAGAAGGUGAAGGCCAUGCGCGCCUUCGAAUGGAUGGCAUUUGUGAGCAUCACAACCCUCCUGAUUCUGAGCAAAACGGUUAACAAGCUCAAAAACGAGGCAGAAAUCUGGAGCUUGCAGCUCUGGAAAUGGUGCGUGCUGGUUCUCGUCAUAUUCUGCGGGCACUUGUUUACAGAUUGGGUAACCAAUCUCCUGGUCUUCCUAAUCGAGAGGAACUUCUUGUUGAAGAAGAAGGUGCUGUAUUUCGUCUUCGCCCUCAAGAAGAGCGUGCGCAUUGUCAUCUGGCUCGCCCUCAUCCUCGUCGCCUGGGUGCUGCUCAUCAAUCGAGGCGUCAGACGAUCGAGAAAAGAAUCCGACAUCUUGAACAAGAUAACCAGAGGGAUUGUGUCCACUCUUGUAGGUGCAGUGAUGUGGAUGGUCAAGACAUUGUUGGUUAAGAUAGUUGCUUCAACUUUUCAUGUCAAGACCUACUUCGACAGGAUUCAGGAAUCCAUUUUUCAUCAGUAUAUACUCGAGGCUCUGUCGGGGAAUCCAAUCUGGGACGACGCAAGUGAGAGUUACAAGAGCAGCGGGCGGCUGAGCUUCAACAAGGCCGGGAAGCAGCAGGAGCAGAAGGAGAAGGAGAAGGGGGAGCAGGUCAUCAAUGUGGAUAAGCUCUACAAGAUCAAGAGGGAGAAGGUCUCUGCUUGGACCAUGGGAGGCUUGAUGAAUGUGAUAAGGAACUCUGAUUUUCUCACCAUUUCUGAGAUCCUUGAUGAGAGUGCCGAGGAGGAAGCUUCAGGGGGGCAGAAGGUCAUCACCAGUGAGGUCGAGGCGAGGAGGGCUGCCAACACCAUAUUCAAGAGAGUGGCGAAGCGCGGCCACAAGUAUAUUGAAGAAGAUGACAUCCUGCGUUACAUGCCUAAGGAAGAAGUUGAUAACGUUUUCCCACUAUUCGAAGGCGCUGCAGAAUCAAGGAGGAUCAAGAAAUCAGCCUUCAGAAAUUGGGUGGUGAAGGCCCAUAACGAAAGAAAAUGCCUAGCCGUGUCUCUGAAAGAUGCGAAAACAGCAAUAGAGGAGCUAAACAAGAUCGCCUCAGGCUUGGUUCUGGUUGUGAUCAUCAUAGUGUGGAUACUGCUGAUGGAGAUAGCAACCACCUCAAUUCUGGUCUUCAUCUCGUCUCAGAUGUUGCUCGUAGUGUUCAUGUUUGGAAACACGGCUAAGACAGUGUUCGAAGCCAUGAUCUUCGUGUUUGUGGUGCACCCUUUUGAUGUUGGUGACCGUUGUGUCAUUGAUGGCGUGCAGAUGGUUGUGGAUGAAAUGAAUAUCUUGACAACGAUCUUUCUCAAAGGCAACAACGAGAAGCUGUACUACCCUAAUGCAAUCUUGGCUACCAAAGCGAUCAGCAACUAUAACCGGAGCCCGGAGAUGAUGGGUGAUGCUGUGGAGUUUGCUGUCGAUUUCUCCACUUCAGUUGAGAGCCUAGCAGCUUUGAGAGCUAAAAUUAAAGGGAAGCCUAGCAUGAAGCUUGAUGUCCUGGCAAGUGAUAGUCAUGGCAGAUUCACUUCUGCUGUAAGUAAUGGACCGGAUUCUUCUGCAAAGGUGAAAUCAAAAUUUAUGUGAAACCCCAACAUAUAUGUAUAAACUGACAUGCAUCAGCAUGCCCAAGUUCCAAGUUAAAAUGUUGUAGAUUUGAUGGUGAUAUAAAUGGUGUGUUAAUGAAAUGAUAUUUUUGAUGGUUAGAUAUUUGGAGAGUAAGCCUCAGCAGUGGAAUCCAAAUCACAGCAUGCAGGUGAAGGAGAUUGUGGAGGUGAACAAGAUGACAAUUGCACUGUAUGUAACUCACACUAUAAAUUUCCAGAAUAGUGGAGAAGUAGGCAACCGUAGAUCUGAUCUUGUGUUGGAGCUGAAGAAGAUAUUGGAGGAGCUCGGCAUCAGAUACCGUCUUCUACCUCAGGAACUGCAGAUUACCUAUGUUUCACCUCCUAUUACUGCAAGGUGAUCAAAUUUUGUUACAGAGUUAGACCUAGGAAAAUGAGUUCUUCUAUGUAAAUACUUAUCAACUUCAUAAUCUUAUUUUUUUUAAAAAAAAAUUCAUAAUCGAAGUCAUAUUAAGGAACA